UUGCUUAUGAAAUAACUCAAAUUAUUUGAACAAAGCAGUAUUUGGAGAAAUUUAGUUGUUCAAGCAAUGAUUUGUAGUGCCUAGGGAGAAAAAACAUCUCGGCCUCAUAAAACAGCUGUUUUGCGGAAAAUUGCGAUUCAGUUUGAUAACAAACAGUAAACACCAGUCAGUUGGAUAUCAUGCUGAAGAACGCCGGCAGUGUAUUAUUUCGAAACCUUUCCGCAAAAUGCGGCACUCACACACCAUCGGUGAGGGGCAUCAAUUUAAUCCCCAUGGUUGUCGAGCAAACGGGACGAGGAGAACGCGCCUAUGAUAUAUUUUCGCGUCUUCUCAAAGAGCGCAUCAUAUGCCUGAUGGGCAACAUUACAGAUGAUAUCAGCUCUACGGUGGUUGCCCAACUGCUGUUCCUUCAGUCGGAGAAUGUCAACAAACCCAUUCAUUUGUACAUCAAUUCGCCCGGUGGCGUGGUAACCGCUGGUCUCGCCAUCUAUGAUACGAUGCAGUAUGUGAAGCCGCCGAUUGCAACGUGGUGCGUUGGUCAGGCAUGCUCAAUGGGCUCCCUUCUAUUGGCAGCAGGGGCACCUGGAAUGCGUUACUCCCUGCCAAAUGCACGGAUCAUGAUACAUCAACCUUCUGGAGGCGCUCAAGGUCAAGCAACAGACAUACUUAUACAUGCGGAGGAGAUCAUCAAAAUAAAACGUCAACUGACGUCAAUAUAUGUUAAGCAUGCGAAAAGUCCAUAUGAUGAGAUGUGCUCACGUAUGGAGCGUGACCACUUUAUGACCCCGGAAGAGGCAAAGACCCUGGGCAUCAUUGAUCAUGUGCUUGAACAUCCCCCAGAGACAGUUUCAGACAGCGGACCAACAUCCGAUGAUAGCCAGCCGAUAGGCAAGAUGAGGUCCGAUGAUGAUCAUCCCGAAAAAGAGAAGAAAAGAUCGAAACAGAGAAGUUAAAUUUGCAGCAUUCGACAAUUUGUAGAAUUCCGAUUUCUGGCUUUAAAAUUGUAAAACGUAUAAAAUAGGUUAAAUUCAUAAAUAGUUCAAUUAAUUCAAAAUUUCAAGAUUCGGUUUUUAUGAAAAACUUUUAUUUAAAUGCUAUUCAUUUCAUACUACGCAAUACAAUCAAUAAAACGUCUGUAAAUA